AUGCGACCGAAGGGGAGACCACCUUUAGUCUGUGACCACCCACCUCCCACUGAAUUCAAGAAGAAAAACAAGGACAGCACGCAAACAGCAGGCAAAAGCGGUGCUGUCGUCCCCUCGGAGGCCUUUGACUCUCAUUGUGGUGACGUCCUCGAGAUUCCAGAAAACUGCUAUCGUCCUGUCAACAACGCCAGAGGCGACACGGCGGCGAGCGGCCGGACCGCCGGAACCGAAAUCGUUAGACUGUGCACGCCAUACAUUUCUAAUCCUAUGCGGAGCAGUGCAGUUCCAAAACAUCCGGUGAAGCCAGCCGGGCAGGCUGCAAAAGGACGAUGCUUUCGCGAUAUUUUCCAGUUCUCACCGUCUCGAGUGUAUGCUGCGGGUGAGUUUCUUAAGUCGCGCGGAGACACGCAAGAAGACAAGAAAGGUUCGACAGACUAG